AUGGGGCCUACCUACUGCGACAACCAGCGACCCCCUGUUCCUGUCGCCUCCGUACCUCUGAGCUCUCCACAGCCCCUUGGAUCGGAGCUGAUUGUGAGCAAGGGCUAUCCUGUGGAAGAGCACACAGUGGUCACUACAGAUGGCUACAUCCUGCGCAUCCAAAGAAUACCACGGGGAAGAAAUGAGCCUGUUGUACUAGACGCCAACUACAGCAAACCAGUUGUUCUCGUCAUGCACGCUCUCGCAGUCACAUCAGCUGACUUUGUGAUUAAUUUUCCUGAACAAAGCCUGGGAUUUAUACUCGCAGAUGCUGGUUAUGAUGUCUGGCUUGGCAACUUGCGCGGAAAUGAGUACACCAGUCAUCUGACGUACAAAAAGACUGAUCCGAUGUUCUGGCGCUUCAGUUUUGACGAGAUGAUUAUGUAUGACACUCCCACAAUGAUUGACGCUGUGCUUGCUCGCACAAACAAUACAAGGCUGCUGUACAUAGGCUUUUCCCAGGGUACCCAGGUUCUCUUUGGUCUCCUAGCACAACAGCCGGAGUACAACGAAAAGACUAGACUUGCUGUGUACGCUGCCCACAGUCCUUCGGGUACAUCUAUGGAUAACAUCUACCAUUUCGCACAGGAGGUACCGCCCAGCUAUGUCUUAUGUAAUGUUAAAGUUCCUGUGGCUCUUUACCAUAGCGCGGCGGAUGUCUACGCUGUACCGGAAGACGUAGCAAGGCUUGAGUGGGAGCUGCCGAACCUCGUCCGAAGCUAUCGGGUGCCCGACAAGCACUUCACGCAUUACGAUUUUGCACUUGGAAUGCACGCCGCAGAUAUGGUGUACAUGGAUAUGCUUGAGCUUAUGGACCAAUAUCGAGGCUCAUGA